CGCGGGCCGGGCCAGCCGGGCCGCCGGGGCCCAGUGCGCCUCGUUCGCAGCGGGUAGCGCAAGCAGCGUCGUCUCCGCUCGCUCGGCGGCCGCGGGGCCCGAGACCGGUCCGGGGAGGGGGCGAGGGCGGCGCCCGGGCGCCCGUUGGCAGGGGAGGCAGGAUGAGCAUCGAGAUUCCGGCGGGACUGACGGAGCUGCUGCAGGGCUUCACGGUGGAGGUGCUGAGGCACCAGCCCGCGGACCUGCUGGAGUUCGCGCUGCAGCACUUCACGCGCCUGCAGGAGGAGAACGAGCGCAAAGGCGCCGCGCGCUUCGGCCAUGAGGGCAGGACCUGGGGGGACGCGGGCGCCGCCGGCGGGGGCGGUACCCCCAGCAGAGGGGUCAACUUCGCCGAGGAGCCCAUGCACAGCGGCUCGGAGAACGGCGAGGAGGAGGAGGAGGAGGCCGCGGACGCAGGGGCGUUCAACGCUCCAGUAAUAAACCGAUUUACGAGGCGUGCCUCAGUAUGUGCAGAAGCUUAUAAUCCUGAUGAAGAAGAAGAUGAUGCUGAGUCCAGGAUUAUACAUCCAAAAACUGAUGAUCAAAGAAAUCGAUUGCAAGAAGCUUGCAAAGACAUCCUGCUGUUUAAGAACCUGGAUCCGGAGCAGAUGUCUCAAGUAUUAGAUGCCAUGUUUGAAAAAUUGGUCAAGGAAGGAGAACAUGUAAUUGAUCAAGGUGAUGAUGGCGACAACUUUUAUGUAAUUGAUAGAGGAACAUUUGAUAUCUACGUGAAAUGUGAUGGUGUUGGAAGGUGUGUUGGCAACUAUGACAAUCGUGGGAGUUUUGGCGAACUGGCCUUAAUGUACAAUACGCCCAGAGCAGCUACAAUCACUGCUACCUCUCCCGGUGCUCUGUGGGGCUUGGACAGGGUAACCUUCAGGAGGAUAAUUGUAAAAAAUAAUGCCAAAAAGAGAAAAAUGUAUGAAAGCUUUAUUGAGUCACUGCCAUUCCUUAAAUCUUUGGAAGUUUCUGAGCGCCUGAAAGUGGUGGAUGUGAUAGGCACCAAAGUAUACAACGAUGGAGAACAAAUCAUUGCUCAGGGAGACUUGGCUGAUUCUUUUUUCAUUGUAGAAUCUGGAGAAGUGAAAAUUACCAUGAAAAGGAAGGGUAAGUCAGAGGCGGAGGAGAACGGUGCAGUAGAAAUCGCUCGGUGCUCUCGGGGACAGUACUUCGGAGAACUUGCUCUGGUAACUAACAAGCCCCGAGCUGCUUCCGCACACGCCAUCGGGACCGUCAAAUGUUUAGCCAUGGAUGUGCAAGCAUUUGAAAGGCUUUUGGGACCUUGCAUGGAAAUUAUGAAAAGGAACAUCGCUACCUAUGAAGAACAAUUAGUUGCCCUGUUUGGAACAAACAUGGAUAUUGUUGAACCCACUGCAUGAAGCAAAAGUAUGGAGCAAGAAGACCUAUAGUGACAAAAUUACACAGUAGUGGUUAGUCCACUGAGAAUGUGUUUGUGUAGAUGCCAAGCAUUUUCUGUGAUUUCAGGUUUUUUCCUUUUUUUACAUUUACAGUGUAUCAGUAAACAGAGUAGUGAUUUAAUAGUCAACAGGCUUUAACAUCACUUUCUAAAAGAGUAGAUCAAAAAAAUAUCGACAUACUGAUAAAAUGACUUUCUACUCCACAAAAUUAUGAUUUGACUGAAAGGUUUAUUCAGAUGAUUAUAAUAUACUGGAAGUAUCUGUGUUUAAGAAGAUAAUUAAAGGAUGUUGUCAUAGGCAAUGUGUGUUCAUUUUGACUCACUCAGAUUGAUAUGUUAUGACUACGCCCAUGUAGGAGGGAACUUGGCAGUGAAUCAUGCUAUACAGCAUGGCAUCACAUUCUUUUUACAACUCACUAUAUAUAGUACGUACAAUUUAAUAAUGUUUGUUUUCGAGUUUUUCUGGCUUGGUAAGUUAUGUACUGGCCUUGGCCUAUUGGUGAAAUGGUAUAAAACAUCAUAUGCAAUUUUAAAACCUUUUCUAUUUUUGCAAUAAAGUACCUUUUGACUUCUUUGGCAUAAUGUCAGUAACCUACAUAUUCCAGUGGUUUUAAGGACAGGCAGUUUAGUCAUUACAAUAAUAAGGAAGACUCUUUUUAGAUGAAAGGUCAUUAUUUUCCUCAUAAAGCAUCUAUCUACGCUUCCUUUUUCCAUUUUGCAGUUCUCUGUAUUUGUUAUCUUUAAAAAUUUGAGUUUGACAUUUAAUGUCACAAAUAUUUUUAAAUGCUCUUUAAACUUAUUUGUUGUCUUCUGAAAGCCUAAGAUCUUAUUAUAUAUGCUAAAAAAAAGUCUCCUAUACCAAAAAUAUUUGGGGUCCUUAUCAACAUGCCCUUAAGAUAUCUCUUUGUUCUUCACUAGAUGUACAUAAUACAAUCCUUUGCAGACAUCUGCUCCCAGGGGUUUCCUCCAAGGUGGGAGAAAUAAAUGUUUAUAAGUAAAACAUAUAUAAAGAUAAAAGGAAUUUCUGUUCAUUCCAAAUAUACCAUUAGGCCUUGCCACUUGCUUUAAUGUAGACUCUCAGAAGUGCAGAAUGAACUCAACUGAAUAGAUUUUUGUUGACAAUUGACAUGCUUAUUAUUCUGCUACAUAAAAUGAAUUAUAUUCAACCAAAGGAAUAUAUUCUUACAUGAUUUCUAGGCCUACAUGACCCCAUCGUCUAGAGAGGUUAAUUCUAAUCAGUUGUUCCUUUUUAAAUGAGCAAUUUCAUUUUGGGAAACAUGUUUCAAAGAAAUACAUACAUGGGUAAAAAGAUUCUGUGGCUAGUGUGGUCUUACUAGAGAAUGUUUAUGGUCUUGCUUGUAUAAUGAAAACGUGGUUAAAAUAUGUUAAUCAGAUAAUGUAUAUAUAAGAAGUAUGUAAAGUAUACCUUCAGCCACAUUUUAGAACAGUUUUAACAAUUUUGCAAACUUUCCCGCAGGAAGAGAGCUUACUACAUGAAGAGGACUUGUUUUCUAUUUCAGAUUUUAAAAGCCAUGUCUGCUAAACAAAAAACACAAAGAACCCCGAAUUCCUUGUUCAUCAUUCUGUAUUCUCAACUUUAUUCACUUUUUCAAGUUACCUGUUUUGUUGCAUAAGCUGAAUGUUAACUACAAAUGCCUGUUUAAUAAAGAACUCUGACCAAGGCUGUAAAUGCCAGUUAUAUUAUUUUCAGUAUUGUUGGUUAUAUUUAAAAUUUCCUUAUAAUAAAGCACACUUUUAUAAUAAA